GGCCGCCUUUGCCCGCUCGCCCCGCAGUGCCAGGCCCGGGCGGCGCGGGAGGGCGCAGGGGGCGGAGGCGCGGCAGGGGCGGGCUCUGUCGCCCCCCACCCCCUCCCAGCCCGCCACUGGGGCCAGUGGCAGGAGCGCCGCGCACCACCAGCCGCAGGGGGCGUGGGAUGGGGGAGGUAGGGGAGGGGGGCGCCCGCACCGACUAGAGCCAACUGCACACUUCAAAAGGGUGUCAGGCUGCGCUCCCCUCUCGCGGCCCGGGAACUUCGAAGCGACCCGUGCUGCCCCGGCUGCCGCGCUCCGCUCUGGGGCCUGCAGCCCCGGCGUGGCCGCCUGGUGGCCAUGACCCGGGCGCUCCGCUCCGUGCUCCGCCAGGCUCUCCUGCUGCUCACCGCGGCCGCCGAGCUCUCGGCAGGACUGAAAUGUGUAUGUCUUUUGUGUGAUUCUUCAAACUUUACCUGCCAAACAGAAGGAGCUUGUUGGGCAUCAGUUAUGCUAACUAAUGGAAAAGAACAGGUGAUCAAAUCCUGUGUCUCCCUCCCAGAAUUAAAUGCCCAAGUCUUCUGUCAUAGUUCCAAUAAUGUUACCAAAACUGAGUGCUGCUUCACAGAUUUUUGCAACAACAUAACACUGCACCUUCCAACAGCCUCACCAAAUGCUCGAAAACUUGGACCCAUGGAACUGGCUGUUGUCAUUACUGUGCCUGUUUGCCUUGUGUCCAUAGCUGCCAUGCUGACAGCAUGGGCCUGCCAAGGGCGGCGGUGCACCUACAGGAAGAAAAAGAGAUCGAAUGUCGAGGAACCGCUCUCUGAGUGCAACCUCGCAAACGCUGGAAAGACCCUGAAAGACCUGAUCUAUGAUGUGACUGCCUCUGGUUCUGGCUCUGGUCUGCCUCUGUUGGUUCAAAGAACAAUUGCGAGAACGAUUGUACUUCAGGAAAUAGUAGGGAAAGGUAGAUUUGGUGAGGUGUGGCAUGGAAGAUGGUGUGGGGAAGAUGUGGCUGUGAAAAUAUUCUCCUCCAGAGACGAGCGAUCAUGGUUUCGAGAGGCAGAAAUUUAUCAGACGGUCAUGCUGCGACAUGAAAACAUCCUGGGUUUCAUUGCUGCUGAUAACAAAGAUAAUGGAACUUGGACUCAACUUUGGCUUGUAUCUGAAUAUCAUGAACAGGGCUCCUUAUAUGACUAUUUGAAUAGAAAUAUAGUGACAGUGGCUGGAAUGAUCAAACUGGCACUUUCAAUAGCUAGCGGUCUAGCUCACCUUCAUAUGGAGAUUGUUGGUACACAAGGGAAACCUGCUAUUGCUCAUCGAGAUAUAAAAUCAAAGAAUAUUUUAGUGAAAAAAUGUGAAACUUGUGCUAUAGCAGAUUUGGGGUUGGCUGUGAAGCACGAUUCAAUACUGAACACUAUUGACAUACCUCAGAAUCCUAAAGUAGGAACGAAGAGGUAUAUGGCUCCUGAAAUACUUGAUGACACAAUGAAUGUGAGUAUCUUUGACUCCUUUAAACGAGCAGACAUCUACUCUGUUGGUCUGGUUUACUGGGAAAUAGCCCGCAGAUGUUCAGUUGGAGGAAUUGUGGAGGAGUACCAGCUGCCUUAUUAUGACAUGGUGCCUUCAGAUCCCUCGAUAGAGGAAAUGAGGAAGGUUGUUUGUGACCAGAAGCUCCGACCAAAUAUCCCAAACCAGUGGCAAAGCUGUGAAGCACUCCGAGUCAUGGGAAGAAUAAUGCGUGAGUGUUGGUAUGCCAACGGGGCAGCCCGCCUAACUGCCCUUCGUAUUAAGAAGACUAUUUCUCAACUUUGUGUCAAAGAAGACUGCAAAGCCUGAUGAUGAUGAUCGUGUUAAGAAGAAAUCUCUUUCAACUUUCUUUCCCAUUUUCCCUCUUUAUGUGAAUGUUUUGUCCUUUUUCUUUUUUGGUUCUACCUCAAACAUAAUGCAGUACAGUAUUUAAGUGCCCACCGGCAGCGUGAAAAGGUAACUCUAAGCAUGAGCAGGAGUUGACUUCAUCCAGUCUCCAUGUCGUGUUUAAUUUUAUUUUGAAAAGCAACACAUCAAUUCAUCUUUUCAUUUAAUGAGAAGGAACGACAUUACAAAGCAUAAAAUAAGCUGUAUAAAAAUAAUGAAGUCAUUAAGGUUUUAUUUUACUUGAACCAAGAACACAUGAAUGAAUAGACAACAAAUAUAAAAACUAUUUUUUUCUGAAGAAGAAAAUACAUUCAUUGAUGUGAACUAGAGCAUGUUAUGUUUAAACAGAACUUUGGGUCAUGCAAUCAAUGGCUUUCCCUUUUUAGAUUAACAGGACCUUUUAAAAAUAGUAAAUAUUGCUCUGAAUUCUAAAAUAUAAAACACAUGAAAGUGGAGCUGCUCAGUGGAAGAUGUAAGCAAGGUCACAGUCCCACUUGCUUGGUCUCUCCUCCGCUAUUCCCAUGCUGUUCAUAAUCCACUGCUGCAGCCAUCCCUGGGGCAGGUGGUUUGAAAGCCACUGACCUUGUGACUUCCUCUCAUUUAUAAAAGAGACACCUGAUAGGCUGGGACACUGAGAAAUGUCUUAAAGUUGCACACCUAAUGGUGGAGCUGGCACUAAAUCUUAUGAUAAUCAACACUGAUAGAGUCAGCUAGUCUGCUUUUUUUUCAAUUCCUAGAAUACUUCUCUCCCUGUGAAAAAGCAUUUUUUUUUUCUGUAGAGACAGAGUCUAACUUUAUGGCCCUCGGUAGAGUGCCGUGGCCUCACACGGCUCACAGCAACCUCCAACUCCUGGGUUUAAGCGAUUCUCUUAGGGGCCUCAGCCUCCCGAGUAGCUGGGACUACAGGCGCCCUCCACAAUGCCCGGCUAUUUUUUGGUUGCAGUUUGGCCAGGGCCAGGUUUGAACCCGUCACCCUCAGUAUAUGGGGCCGGCGCCUUACCGACUGAGCCACAGGCGCCGCCCGAAAAAGCAUUUUUUACUGUGAUAUUUGUAGUUUUGUCAUUCAAAAGUCAUAGAAUUAUUUUGCAGGUUCACAAUACACCUGCAUGAGACCUUAGACCAUAUCUGUUGACAGUUUCCUCAUAGAAGUAUCUGUUACCCCAUUUGUUAAUGAGUAUUAACAUUCUUAAAAUAACUCCAGAGAUUAAUCAGACCAACUAUCUAUUAUGUCAAGAUAUCUUAAGAUGUAAUUCAGAGCUCCCUAUUACUUUUGUAUAUACACAUUGAGAAAGAAAAGGACAGAAAAAAAGGAGGAAGCAAGAACAUAUUUUGAGAAAAAUGAAAACGCUUCAAUGAAGUGUAACAAACCAAACUCUACGAAGUAUAUCAGCAACAAUAACUAGGUAUUUCAAAAUUACAGAAACGUGCUCAUGAUAGUUUUGCCUUCAUUCUUCCUUCUGUGGAGACAGAGGGAUGAAUAUUUGUGGGGACAUUAAACAUGCCCUUCAAAUCUGUAAUACUGCCUUGGUGAAGGAAUUUAACAUGAUAUCUUUUAUUGUUCUAAAACAUUUUUUUUUCCCAAACUCUGUUCCUUAGAGCAGAGUUAUUCUUCUGCUGAGAUAAUCCAAGAUCAAAAGUAUUCUUUGAUAGGUUCUUAAAAAGUGAUACUGCACAUGGUGGUGCUUGUGGCUCAAAGGAGUAGGGUGCCGGUCCCAUAUGCCAGAGGUGGCAGGUUCAAACCCAGCCCUGGCCAAAAACUGCAAAAAAAAAAAAGUGGUACUGCACAUUAGCAUAUAAUGUACUACUUUGAGGAGUAAAGUAAAUGUUAACAGUAAAGAAAUGUUACUUGAUUUUUUACAACUGGAUUUCUCCAAUUAUUUCACCAUGGUGAAAUCCUUUUAUUAGGAGGAGGAAAAGCUUUUUCACUGUCCCAUGUUUAAGUGUUCUAAACAGUGCAACUUGAGUUAGUGUUCUCUGAAGGAUAUACCUAUGUAUUUUCACAUAAUAGAGUAUGAUUUAGUGAUUAUACUUCAUUUUGUUAUGUGAGUAUGUUACUGAACCCAUCUUUGUUUGACUAAGUUGAAAAUAAGGCAAAAAAAAAGGGACAGUUUUACAUACACGUCCAUUCUCAUUCAUGCAUCCAUUCAUUUCUUAAAUAAUUUUGGAGCACCCUGUAUUUUGCUUGCCACAAUAUUGGGUGCAAGAGGGAGAAUAAAAAAAUAGAGAGGUCCUGCCCUCAGGGAUUUUAAAGUCUAAUUUGGGAACAGGAAUAGGGAUGUGCGUGUGUGGGGGAAAAAAGUAAAUUGACAGAUAAAAUACAAAGUGGGAUGUCUUGAGUUCUGUAUGACAGUGGGAUUCUAGAAUAGGUCUGAAAAUCACUUUCAAUUUGAAACACAUUUAGAAAGUAUCUUUAUUUGGAUAUUAGAGACAAUCUAAAUAUAUCAUCGGUUUUAAAAAGUGCCUAUUGAAGGGAUUUUUAAAAGACUUCAUUUAAAAAUGGAUAAUCUUGCUUGUGCUUGCUACCUUGAUCUGUCAUAGAUUGUUUCUGCAUACCUGAGAACAAGGUUAUUUAUUUACUGUGGUUGUACUCCAGUCUCAAAUAAAUGAAAAUACUAUUUUCUGUUUUAUUCCCUGAAAUACUUAUUCACAUUAUAAUUAUUUAAUUUUUAAGAGAGGUGUUUUACUAUCUCCAUUUUCCUGGUUGUUAUGUUUUAUAGUUUAUUUGAGAGUGUCUAAAUAUAAUUUCAUAUGUUAUUGGUUCGCCUUUCACUCUGGAGAAAUCUGACGUUUGUAAAUUUUGGUAUAUCUUUUUCUUGUGUUGGUUAACCAUAACUCCUAACGGAAUAGUCUUAUAUUUCUAAUUACAAAAUACAUUUUUUAGGAAAGGGGGUAGAGCAACAAAAACGAUAAGGAAAAUGUUAAAAGCUGUAAUUUUUCCUAAACUCUCAACAGGAUUAUACAUAGAAAAUGCUCACAUAUAAAAAUAGGAUGAAGUUGAGCGUAUCAGGCAGAUUUUCUGUAUAUACCUAUGCUGUUAUAUUUUAUAUUAUUUGUUUUUAAUGGAGUCCCAUUGUGCAAUAUUUACUCUUUUCAAUUUUGUUAGGAGUGAAAAAUAUUCUUCUUAGGUUAGCCUCAAAGUAUCAGUGUUCUUUGCUCCUUUCAGAUAUUUUGGCAUUUGGGCAUAAUAUAAGACUUGGGAAAAUGCUACUACGAAUUUUCAGUACUGUAUGAAGGGGUGAUGGGGUUUGUAUGCAGCAUCACUUGCUGAAAAUAAAAGAAACAUUAUUUGUUGUCAAUAUUUGAGCAUGAACUUGUUGCCUUGUAAGUUAUGCGUUUAAGUUUGUAAUUGGUACAGAUCCUGUUGUGUGCUUUCUUCUAUGUCUAAAAUAUUUGGCAUGUCACAUCUAGAAUUCUUAAUUUAUGUUCUGACUUGAGAGCUAAGUGAAACAUGACUGUCGUGCACUAUUUUAGGCAUAGCACUUGCUUUUCAUCGUUAUACUUUCAAUUAACUUUGCAUUUUAAAUUUCCAUGAUUGUAUGAAAAUAGUAACCUGGUUGCAGUGUCUGAAAAAUUCAAGAUCAGCUUUUAUUUAAAAAUGAAAAUCUACAAUAGAUUCAUUAGGUUCAAAAUCCUACAAUAAUUUAUGAUUUGAGUACUUCUACUAUUGUAGAAUCACUCAACAAAAACAAAACAAAACUACUUCUGUUAUCCUGGAAUUUUGCCACCAUGCGAGUUACUGGGGCAGAGAAAACUCAGGGCUAUCUUGGAGACUACGCAAAAGUACCAGGGUAUCUACUUAGCAGAUAACCUGAAAGCAGGGCCAGGACAUUUGUCAUUAUAUACAAAAUUGGAGUGAACGACUUUGUGAGGGGAUAGUUUUUGAUUGAUUAAAAUAAAUUUGGAAAUGUGUCUGAUUAAAAAAAAUUAUCUCAAUGUGGAGAUUUUAUUUUCCACUAAGAAAUUAAGUAAUAGUUACAAAAGAAUAAACAUUGGCAGAUGUUUAUUAAUGUUUAUUUAUAUAAUAAAUUAAUAUAAUCUAAGUAGAUUACAUUCUACUUAGAAAUGUUUAGUACUGGUAUCAUAAAAUGGUGCCAUCAUGGUUUUCAAAGAUACUCUAAACACUUUUUCUCUCAUGAAACAUACCACUUCUGUGUUUGACCCUGCUUUGUUCUAGAUCCAUAUGCUACUGCCUACCUGGACUUUAUUCUCUAGUGAAGAGAAUAAUCCCUUUGAACUUUAGAGCUUCUUAUAAACAACAAAAAACUAGGUUGGACCGUAAAGUUUUCAUUAAAAUUUUGAUAUUAAGUAGAAUUUUUAUAGCAUAGGCAUUUAAAAAAGUGUUUUAAUGCAAAUAUUCACAUAUCUGAUUUUCUUUUUUUCUGUAUACUCUUACUUUAUGUUUCAUUAUUUUUCUCACCUUUUAAAAAUUGUUUUAGUAUUCCCUCACUGUCAUCUAAAACUCUGGUUAGUAUCUAAUUGAAAAAAAAAAAAGUAACUGUUACUUAAUCAUUCUGGAAUAUAGCCUUCUAGUGAAAGGGAAUUCCUUAGUGGUCUAAAUUAUUUCAGAUGUGUCAAAACGAAAAUCAGAUUUAGGACUUAGGAAGAAUGUAAGACAUUUUGCAACUUGAUUCCGAUAUUUUAUGGAUGAAGAAACUAAGGAUCAGAGAUUAAAUGACUUCUAUGUAUUAGCAGAACUGAUAUGAAAACCCAGUGGUGACAUCCAGCAUUGUGCCUUCCCAUAUCCCCAACUCUUAUUAAUUAAAAAAUAAAUUAGCAUUCAUCCAAACCUGCCUUGAAUGGACAUUAACAUAUGUGCCACUUGGCGAUGAUCAAAUCCCACUUCUCUUUGUAUUUCUACCAAAAUUAUUUGCUUGCUCAGGGUGAAGGCAGUGAGAAAAUUUAAAAUAGGCUAAGAAAGAGGUACAAUACAGGUGUAAAACUAAGUGGGCUACCAUUGGGGUGCUGAUAAAAUUGAGGAGUAACAUUUUGAACUGUGAAAGGAUAGUAUUUGUUGGUUCAAGUAAUGAUUCAAGAAGUUUCAUGAUGUCCUCCCCUCUUUCUGUAAGAAUUGUGCUUUCUCUUUUUGCAUUGGAACGGGGAAUGACAGAUGAUCUGGUAGUUGAAUCUGGGAUUGUAUCUAGUGAUGUAUUAUCUGACUUUUUUGUUCUUUUAUUAGUUUCUCAUUAGUUUAUUUUCAGUUUUUAUCUUCUUUCACAGCAUUAAAAAUCUGUUUGUCCUAUUUCAUCAAUCCCAAAUCACUCUCCAAGUCCUUUCUUUCUUUAGUUAUAUUGUACCCCUAUCUGAAUUUCUAUGGACUGAACUACUUAAGGAGAAUUUAAUUUCUCCACCUCAAUAUAAAAGGUCUCACUUCUUGACUUCUCUAGUAAUUCUUCACUUGACAUCCUAAAAAGGGGAUUUGGAAUGGCAGAGGUGACUUUCUUUUAAACCUUAAAAAGACUAGCUGUCUGGUUAUAGUUUAGCUUUUAGGUAAUCUACAAAGAAUGUCUACUUUUGCUUUAAUACUAGCUUCCACUUGAGAGACAGUGAUUUGGAAAGACAAUAUGAACCAUAUAUCCCAUACUGUGAUUGCUAAAUUUCUUUUUGUUAUUUUAUACCUUUGCUUUGUUUUACUUUUGUCAUCUUUUUAAACUAAAUCCUUGUGGAAUAUAAUAUAUUGAAAUUAGGUAAUAGUCCCCAUUUAAAAUCUCCCUUAUUAAGUACCAUCAGGACAUAUUUUUCUAUUUCAGUUGUAGAUGACCACAGUGCUUGGGAAAAUAUGGUCUCUAUCUCAUCUUGGAUUUUAAUAUUUUUAAGUGUGACUGUAUUUCCUGAUCAUUGGUCCAUGUUAUCCUAUAAGAGGUUUUCCCUCUAGACCUAGAAGUUUUAACUGCAAAAUUUUUACUAUGGGCUACAUAAAUCUGAAUGUUGAUAGGGCCACCGUGAAUCUGAGUGCAUUAGGAAAUUAAUUAACCUUACACCUGCUGUCACCACAUCCAGUUGGGCUUGUUGUGCUCUACCUAAAUAUUCCCAGGGAAGGGCAGUUCAGGGCUAAAAUUCAAACUGCAAUCUGCUCCUCUAUCUAGACAAAAUUUUAUAUAUAUUUUGGAGUAAAGCACCUUACAUGCUUACAUAUCUUCAGAUAAUGGCCCAGUUUAUACACCAUCAGAAAGGGAAAUUUGAAAACUCAAAAUAGUCUCAGAAAUCUGCAAAUUAAAUAGAGAAUUUAGAAGAAAAAUGCUUUAGCUUUUCAUGUUGGCAUUCCCAAAAGAAGAAAGGUUGUAUGUUUGUGCUGUUGAUUUAAUUUUUCCACACAAUCUGUAGCAAAACCCGUGGACCCUAAAUUUGAUAUCCUCACAGAGUUUUCCUUCCAUGCAUGAAGCUAUUUAUUGACUUUGCUUAUAAAGAGAGGAUUACUUUCCUAAAUUCUGUCAAACAAAUGCAAUAGAAUGACAUUUACCGAUAUCGUAUCAAUACCAAUAAUAUAUUUCCUUCACAGGCUACGUAAUAGUAAUGAUAUAUUUUUAAAGAUCCAGCUCUUCUCUCUUUAUACAAAGUGAAGGCAUCUGAGCCAAAAUAUUAAAUUCUAGUUCAUUUUCACAAUGACUAGUAUCAAACUCAUGUACUCUUCUGAUCCUUGACUGGUGAAGACUAUUCAAACUUGAUCUGUGUUUAAGGUCUUAAAAUGCCCUAAAAACAGAAAAUUAUAUUCAGAUCUCAAAAGAGGAAUUUUGGAUUGACUUUCAAAGUACUAAUACUAAUUAUACUUUUCUUUUGGUAGCGUGACUCUUCUUACACCUAAGAACAUAUUACAAAUGUCAAAACCAUUGCAUUUUGACAUUGCAAAACAUGCCUUGAACUCUUGAACUACUGUGAAAAGAAUCACCGUUGUAAAGACUUUUUUGUAAGCUAGCUAAUACUCUUAAGUAUGUUAAAAAGAUACUGCUUUUCAACAUUCAGGCCCAAAUGAAUGUAUAUAAGAAAUAUGAAAAAGCAAAUUAGGUUUUAAAAAAAGGAGAAUUAGAUAACAAAUUGUAUCAAAAUAUGAAGAUGAGGAUUUUAGUAGUUGCAAUUUAAUGGUGGAAGGGGAAUAGAAUUCCAGUUUCUGAGAAAUGAGUGAUAUUCAGAUGUUUCAUUGAUUUCUAGUCUGUGAAAAUAUGCAUUUUUAUAGUAAUAUAUAAAUACAUAUUUUAUUUUAAAAUGAUAGUAUUUUAGGAUUUAGUAAAAAGUCAAUGAUAAUCCUUUAUACCAAAAUGUUUAAUUUUACCAACAGCAAGUCUUAAAAAUUAUUUAUUUUAAAGCUUUUUAAUAUUAUUGCAUAACUUUCAUCUGUCUUCAAAUGUAAAUAUUUAUCUGCCUAAAUGUUAUAUUUUUAUGUAUGCAUUUUCUGAAAAUGUAUUGUUUUGUAAAGUAGCAAAGAUAAUAAAUUAAGCAUUUCUUGAACUUGUUUUUGUGAAGCAUAUAGAGCUCUAUUUUAAAUAAAAGAGAAUGUG